UUGAGGUUAGAAUUUUUAUUCAACCUAUAUACAGUAUUUUUGAUAAACGAAUUCGGUUACGAUUUGAGUUCGUGGUUAUUAUUAAAAUAGAAUUUGAUGACAUCGAUAACACAUUUCUCGUUAUCCAGCUUUAAUCAUGCGGUAUCGUUGAAUAACUGUUAACGGUCAUUUUUUUUGAGGUUAGUUAACCUUGCAAUAAAAUCAACAAAACCAACAUCAUUAGCAACAACAAGAAAGAAAACAAGAUUUAAGCAUAUUAAUAAGAAUCGUAAUGUUUAUUUUAAACGUGUACGAGCCUUGAUGUUUAUAAUUACAUAUAUUCCACUGGGAUUUAUAUGGAAAUGGAUGGAAACAAUAGGAUUGCUUAUUGGAUGUCCGAUAAAAAGUUGCAGAAAAUUAACAGGAAGGAAUUUCAAAAGUCUUGUUUAAAAUAUAACUUUGAAAUAUAUGAGUUAGAUUUAAAUAAGAGUCUGGAUUCACAGGGACCUUUUGCAGUAUUCCUACAUAAACUGACAGAUAUUAUAGCUUUAGAAGUUCAAAAUGAUCCAAAGAGUAAAUUAUUAAUCAAGAAAAUUGAAGAUUACAUUGAAAAACACCCCAAUCUAAUAGUAAUAGAUCCAAUACCAAAAGUACGUCAACUUUUAAGCAGAUACAACUCAUACAGUAUAAUAAAAUCAACAAAUUUAUCUAAAUACGGAAUUUUUACGCCAAAUUUUUGUGAAAUUACAAUAAACGAUGCGGAUAAAGUCACAAAACAAUUAAAAAACUCCGAAGUUACUUAUCCAUUUAUUUGUAAACCGAUUCUUGGGCAUGGUUCAAAACAAGCCCAUCUAAUGUCAAUUAUUUUCAAUGAAGACCACCUGGCCGAUUGCAGAAUUCCUUGCGUCGCUCAAUCGUUCGUUAAUCACAACGCCGUUCUUUAUAAAGUAUUUGUUGUUGGUUCGAAAUUUCAUAUUGUUGAAAGACCGUCGUUGAAAAAUUUUUAUGAAUCCGACCGUGAAACCGUUUACUUCGAUAGUUGCGAUAUUUCGAGCGCCAAAGCUCAAAGUUGCUUGUCAAUACUCGACCCGGAAGAUGAAAAUGUUAUUAGAAGAGAGCCGAAUUUGUUGAUUAUACAGAAAAUGGCUGAAAUAGUUAGGAAAAAUUUCGAAAUGGAUUUAUUGGGGAUUGAUGUUGUUAUUGAAAAUACCACUGGAAGGUAUGCUAUUAUUGAUGUCAACGCUUAUCCUGGAUACGAUGGUUUCCCAAAUUUUUUCGACGUCUUAUUAGAAUGCAUUUCAAGUAAAAUAUUGUAAAAAUAAGUUCUUAACAAGAAAAAUCUAAAAGUGUAGGUUAAAAAAAGUAUUUUGUAUUACUUAUUUUUUUAAUUUUGUCUUGUUUUUACUUGCUACACAUUAUCAAUAGCAUCAUUUAUUAUAAACGUUUAUGGUAGCUAUAAGUUUCAUUUCCAGCUCGCAUUUAUAUUUAAUUAUGUACUAAUUUUUCAGGGCAGUAUCUAUAUAUAACUAUCUGAAUUUUGCUCGUUCCUACACAUUUCUAGUCAUAGGUACAUAUACCGGGAGAUAAAAGCGAAUACCAUUUAAAGGUUUCUUAAACCUUUAUUAAUCUUCUUUUUCUUAACUAUUAUUAAUAAUUCAUCUUUUUUGUAAGUUCCCUUUUUACAUUUUAUGUAAAUACGAAUCAAAUGCGUAUUUUGAUACAAUAAUUAAAAAGAAAUGUAUGUAUAUAAUUAUAAACGAUAUGAAUAAUACCGUAGGGAAGUUUGUUAAUUUUUAAAUAUUUACGUAUUAUACAAAUUGUUUCUUUUUUCUAUGAGGUUUUUUAUAUAUAACUCGUUAAAAGUAAGUACAAAUCGUUAUUGGGAUCGGAGCUAAAAAUCUGUUCUAGUCGUAGGAUCAAGCAAAAGGGCGAAGAAACAAUGAACAUCACAUCUUUAUUUUCAUAUUUUUGUAUAAAUUGGAUCUUGUACGACCUCAUAAGCGUUGUUAUUCUAAUUAAACUAGUCCAUAAGUGAUUUUAUGGAUUUACAACAUGCUAUUCCAUACAAAUCAAUUCCUAUGUACUUACUUAGGUUUACGCGAUUGUAUAUUUAGGAUGAUAAUAAUAGAAGAUUUUGUACUUUCAUAUAGUAUUAACAAUAAAAAUUAUUAAAACAUU